AUGACGACAACAACAAAUAAUGAUGAUGUCGAUUUUGAUUUUUCGCAAUUAGAUGAUACUUUAAUAAGCGAUAAUCAAAAACAAAAUUUAGUUGAUUAUAUCAAUCAAAUUAAAACUCAAAAGCGUUCAAUUCAUGAUGAAUUAAAUCAAUUCAAAUUGUCAACAGGUCAAGUUAAAAGACGACGUACUAAACGACAAGUAUUAUCUAAUUCUAUAUCCUUACCAAUGAUUAAUAAUGAUCAAACGAAUAAUUUACAAACAAUGCUAGAAACAUUAAUUUAUAUCGUACACGAAAUUAAUCUUGAACAAGUUAAAUUAUCAACAAUUAUUAAUCAGUUAAUAAAAAGAAUUAAUCAAAAUGAAUUAUAUUUAAAUCAACUGAAUAUUAAUGUUGAAACUUUAUAUGAACAAUAUCAGAGUAAACAAUAUUCAGAAUUUGAAGUAGAUCCAAUUGAAUUACCUAAAUCAUCAUCGUCAUCAUCAGUCAUUGAUAAUAAUAAUUAUCAACAACCAAUUGAUAUGAGUACAACAGGAAAUAAUUUCAAUUCACUCGACAAUACAACAAAGACAACGGGCAAAUCUUUAGUCAAUAAAGAAUAUAUUGAACUUGGUGAUCCUUCAAUUGAUUUAUCUUGUCUUGUAUUAAAACGUAAAUACGAUCAAGUACGUCGUCGUACUGAAUUAGCAUACAUACACGGUGAAAAACGUGCUAUUGGUCGUUUAUUAACAUUUUUAAUUCGACAAUUUUUCUCUAAUGAAGAACUUCGUAAUGCAUCAUUGGACGGUCGUGUACGUAAUACGCAAGCACUAGCAAAAGAUCGUAUGUCUAUUAUCGACAAACAUUUAAAAUCGAUUUUUGGUAUGGACUAUAAUUUAUAUCGCAUAACAAAAGAUUGUGCUGAACAAGUCAAUGUUGUUUGUCGACAUGCUAGAAAUCCGAAGCAUUUUUUCGAUAAUAGUAAUUCAAAGAUUAAAACUGAAAUAAAUAAUUCAACGCUAAAUCAAAACGAUACUGUUGAAGAUAAGCAAUAUGAUGAAUAUGAAUCAUUUCAGGAAGAAUUAUUUAUUCAAGCAAAUGAACAACGAUUUCAUGAACUAGCACGUGAAUAUGAUGUUGUACAUAGUGAAGUAGUUAAACAACGCGAAAUCGAAAGUCAAUUACGUUCAGAAAAUGAGCAAUUACAAAAAACAUCGCAUGAUAUUGAACAACAAUUAUCAACUAUUCGAAAAGAUGAACAACAACUUAAUACAAAAUUGGAAACGACAAUGGAGCAAGUUCGACAAUUAGCAACAGAACGCGAACAACUGAAAAAUUCUAUCAGUGAAAAAGAGCAAGAAAAUUUUGAAUUGAGAAAACAACGUGAAUCAUUAGAUGAAGAAAAUCGUCAAGUACAUGAAACAAAUAGUUCUACAAUUGCUCGUUUACAAGAACUUGAAAAUACUAGCUCUCAACUCCAAAGUUUAGAAUUACUAUGGAAUAAAGAACGACAAUUGUAUAGUGAACAAUUACUAACAUUAGAACAAUCAUUGAUUGAAAGUAAAAAAUUAGCUAUUGAUCAACAAACCAAAAUAAUGCAAUUGACUGUACAAUACGAAUCAACCGAGGGACAAUUAGAAGCACAAAAACGCUCAUUAGACAUGGGUAUUGAUGAGAAAAAUGAGUCAAUACUGAAUCUUGAUCGUCAAUUACGUGAAAAAACACAACGAAUCGAACAACUUCAAAUUGAUCUUCAGCGAAUUGUACGUCAAAUGGAAAAUCAACAAUUAUUAUCAAAUAAAACGAUCCAAUCAUUAAAAAAUCAGAUAGAUGAACUAUUAAAAAAGAACUUAUCAAUUACUGAGAAAUAUGAUGAAAAAAAUGAAUUGUUAGCUAAAGUUAUUUCGGAAAGGGAUGUGGUUAAAACAGAAAUCCGGACAUUAUCCGAAACGUUCGAUAAGCAGUCAAUUGAUAGUGGUAAGUAG